AUGCAGCAGCGGCGGCUCCCCAGGCCGCCACAAGCCUUCACCGCCAAAAAGACCAGGAUCCUGCAGCAGCUCGCGGCGCCGGACGCCGAGUACGCAGACCUCUCGCCCAAGGGCAGCGUCGACAGCGGCAUCCGCCCCUUGAUAGACGAGAUCAACUGCGCCGAUGGCUUCGUCACGACCAGCAGCUGCGCGGGCCGAGUCAGCGUCUUCCUCGAGGGCGAAAGGGCAACCUCGACCGGCGUCGGGGGCAAGGGAGGGGGCGGAACCUGGCUGUACGUGUCGCACGACGCGGUCGACGGCCAGGACUGGCUGCGCAGCCUUGGGCUCGAGGACGGCGAGGUCCCGGGACCACAGGGGUGCCGGGGCGGAAGGCUGAUUCACUUCAAGUUUGAACCCAUGCUUCUGCUGCGAUCGGCUUUGCAGGCUGGCUUUCGGGAGUCGGGGGCUGUCAGUCUGACGUCGGGGGAUUCGCGGACCACGGGGCCGAUGGUCGCCGUUCGGUCGAUGGGGCUGGGGUUCGAGUCUCUGAUCGGGUGCGAGGUCGAUGGGAGACGGUGUGCGCUGGUGUCUGCUUCGUACCUCCGGACGCUGAUGGACAUUGGGAACGAGCGGUUCGAAGAGAAUACAAGGCGGAUUGAGAGGUUUCGCAGCGCAUUCAGGGACGAUUUGGCUAGCUUGGGGACUGGCGGGCCCGAGUGGGAGGAUGCCGCGGCGAGGAGGGAGAGGAUGCGAGCCGAAGGGCUGCUGCGGAGGAAGGAUGCGAGCGCGAGAGCCGCGGUUGGUGCCGGGGACAAUGCCGACGACAAUGCCGACGACUUGUAUCAAGGCAUCAUCUUGGACUUGGUUUAG